UACCUUACCCGUGAACUCAGUAAUAGAGGCCCCCGUAAAUAGUCAAACAUGAAUGUUAUUUGAGUUACUCAUUGCCUUUCCUUGCUGCAUAUCAGUGAAUUUAUGGAUGACAUUGUUAAUAAGUGUUGUAGGUGAGUUUUGAUGGGUAGAGUGAUGGCAACAAUAAUGGCAGCAUAUAGUGAGUAGCGGUGGUGUGUACCGCGUCACCAGCCAUGUUUUUGUGAGCGCGUCGAGACACGUGUGUGAGAUGCUGAGUACCACAAGGGAAUGGGAAAGGGUUGCCAGAACUCAAGUGCACCAAACAGUCUUCCUUUGCUGUUCCUUUACGUUGUCUGCAACACCAAGGAAGUUGCGCCUUGCUGACCCUGGGUUGCCUCCACAACAUACACGUGGCCACUUGGUCUGCCGCCUGCAUUUCGCGAAACGCUACUUACAAAAAAUGUCGUAGUGUUGAGGCGGAUUCCGUAGUAGCGGGGCCUGUGUGAGUCACGCGUCGCCAGGGAGCGAGGAACUAGUUAGAUGUAAGGCAGAGGCCGUGACAAGCCCUGCUCCCGCAAGAUUAUCCUGGAGAAGGGUGCCAACCGUGACGGCGUCGUCUUGGCCAAGCCAGGCUUAUCCUCACCCGUGACCAGUGUUUAUAUAUCUUGAUUAUUUUGACCCAAUGACGAAUUUCAACGUCCUUGUUUUCGUAAGAGUAGACAGGAGGAAACAUACGGAGUAUGAGAAUACCUUUGAUCGCCUUUUACAGUCAUAAGUUAACACAGUGCCUCGUGCCGUGCCAGCAGUGGAACGUGAUGCACAGUGCCUGGCCAGGAAUGCACUGAGGAAAGGAGCGGUGGUGUGGCGAGACCACGGGCAGGCCCGGAUGCCGCUGAUUAACGCUAACGAGCUAAAUUUAGAAAUGAUCUCCAUCACUGGAUUUCAUAAGAGAACAUCUCUCCGCGUUAUGAAUGACAACUACAUAAGUACAACGCGAGGCAGCGUAACCGAACACACACGGGCAACAUCAGUUCAGUUGGCACCCUUGUGGGCCCCGAUGACGUCAGCCCGGGGUGCGAGGCAAGAAUGAGGCAUGUGCCAACUGCGCGAUAUCUCUCAAACGCUGUACAAACACCCUAAGUUAUUAUUCCCGCACCUACACAUCACCCCCCAGCAGCACACUGAGGGCAAGGCAGCACUCAGUGCCCACCACAGCACCACAGGGAGGGAAAACGAGACUCCAAGCGUCGCUCCACAAAUAGAGUGGCAGCCCGACCCCCUCCGCACCCCCCAGGCAGCCCCGCCAGCGUUUGAAUCCUCAGUUGAGCUUCGAGCAGACUUAAGUGUGGUGUCUGCGCUGCCUGGCCCGCCCAGCACCACUGUCUUGUGCCAGUGUAGUGUUCUCGCAUCGUAUCCUGUGUCUGUCUACGCACCACAUUGCCUCCGUUUUCAGUGACUGUCUUGCUUCCCAUGUGUAGUGUAUCCACGUGGUGCCCUUAUUGCGUCACAAUGCUCUGCUGUGGGAAGGCAUGAGGUGAGGUGCUCUCUGUAAACGAUCUGCCGUAAGCUUUGCA